UACAGACAAGAACUGGAAGAGAGAAAGGAUCACCCAGAACAGGUUUGGAUUCUAGAUAAUGAAUCCCCAUUUCACAUUGAUGUGAAUUGAACUUUAUUUUCAAAUAGUUACAGUUUAUGCAGUUAACCGAUGAAACUGGUGUAGACAUAAAUGAAAUGUUAAUUGUUUUGGUUUUUUUUCUUUGAGGAAUAUUUUAUGGAGGAAGAAAAUCAUUUAAAAUAGAUAACAAUGUAAUCGGAUCUGCUUUGCUGUAUUUCUUCUUUAACAUUCAUCUGUUUCACAUUAUUGCCUUCAAUCGGUACUGAUUGGGGUUGCCAAAUAUAAAAUAUUUUUUCUAUUUCAGUCCUGUCUCACAUUAUUGAACAUUGCUGAGCUGGAGGAGUUAAAAGGUUCAAAGUAUGCUGUCGUCUGUAAGAUUUACAUGUCAGCAUUUGAAGCAGCUAAGAAGGCUAAACAUCCACAAUUACAGGUAAUCUACUGGUAACAUCCACAGUUACAGGUAAUCUACUGGUAACAUCCACAAUUACACGUAGUGUACAGGUAACAUCCACAAUUACAGGUUAAGUACUGGUAACAUCCACAGACUCCUGCAGCUGAAGUUAACUUUACAUCUUAUGGGCAUAUAUUUGUGCAUGAAUGUGUGUGUUCAGAUAUCACUUUGCUAUGCAGCCGGUGCACUUGUGUUUUUAUGUGAGUGGUGUGCUCAAUACUAAGUUUUCUGAAGUUAACUCUUGUUUUAAGUCAGAUAAGUUUAUGGCUUGUUAAUUGAGAUAAGAUAAGAUUCUUUUAUUAAUCCAAACAAAUGAAAAUGUUUUUUGAUUGCAUUGUAGAUUUUCAGCACAUAAAUAAAACAAUUUGAACGCAAGACAUCUACAUUUAACAGCCAUUCAGUGAAUUUUCUUAGCCAUAUCAGGAACUUAUUAGUUCUCAUUAAGAACUUCAGUGGGAGCACACUGGUAAAUUCCUACAGAAUUAUUGUCCAUUCAUUUUUUUUGGUUAAAACUUACCAAAAAAAUCAAUUUAUCAAGUUAAACUGAUGUGAUUGUUCUUCAUACUAUAUAGUAACAAGUUAUAAUGUAGCUGAAUAAAUGUUUUUACUUAGUCACAAUAAAAAUCGUUUUUAUUAAAUUAUGUGGGUUUAAAAAAACUAUAAACACCUAAUAAAUACUAUGCCAGUUGAAGAGCUGUAGAUCUCAGGGUGGACGAUCCGGCUACUCUUACUUUCAGGCAACCGGUAUGUUCUCUCCAAUCUCCUCUGGCUAGUCUAACUUAUCCUAUAUGUUAGUCCAAUGCGCUAUAACUCUGACUCCAUUAUAUAAUACUAUAAGUUUAUUAACUUCAUCACCUAUUACAUAGUCAUGUAGCAUGACCACCAAACCCAAGGGAAACACAGAAUAAUCACUACUUCACAAUAUGUCUGACAGACUCAGAAACACACAACUCUUGUUACGGUGAAUGUGUUACAACCCCCCCCCCCCCCCCCCAAACAGCUCUCUAUAUAUACCCUCUCGCCCAUUAUUGACAAUCUCAUGCCUUGUUCACUCUUGCUUGCAUUAUUUCUGGUGAUUAUCAUUUACUUUAAUUUCAAAUAUCACAACAGUGAUUCUCAUACCCUUGACACCAGUGACAAGUUUAAUUCAUUAGAGGUUCAAUAAAAAUGUCCUUUCCACAGAUUCAAACACUUAAGUCACUGACUGUACUGCAGAAGCUGUGCAAACAAACUAUCCAUCUACAAGAGACAGAAAAAAAAUUG